AAAGAAAGUAAAAGUGCCUUAGGAAGAAGUUUCCUGUUUCCACACCCAUUCAGAUUCAGCAGGGGGAGGUGCGGGAGGAAAUGUCCAACGUGCUCAUCUGUUAUGAUGACUAAAAUCGAAAAAAGAUAGUGUUAAAGUUCCUCGCAAUUUCCGGCUCUUGGAAGAGUUGGAGGAAGGCCAGAAAGGUGUGGGAGAUGGGACAGUCAGCUGGGGUCUGGAGGAUGAUGAUGACAUGACCUUAACACGGUGGAGAGGGGUCAUCAUUGGCCCUCCAAGGACGAGCUAUGAAAACAGGAUGUACAAUCUGAAGGUUGAAUGUGGGCCAGGAUACCCAGAGUCUCCGCCAUUUGUCAGAUUUGUGACAAAAAUAAACUUGAGUGGUGUGCACAGCUCCAACGGUGUGGUUGACAUGCAUGCAGUGACUCCACUGGCAAAGUGGCAGAACUCCUACAGCAUCCGGAUAGUGCUGCUGGAGCUGCGACGGCUCAUGACGUGCAAGGAAAACAUGAAGCUUCCUCAGCCACCUGAGGGCCAGAUCUACUCCAACUGAGCCCCCUCUACUUUUAACUUUUUCUCAUUCCCUCUCUCCCCCCCUCCCCACCCAACCCAACUCUUCUUUUACGCUUUUAUCCUCUUAACCCCGAUAAUGAGCUACGUGACAUUCCACAUCCUGUCUACGCCAUGGCUGAGCACACAUACACACACACAUACACAGACAAAAUGAGCUGUCAUGAAACCCAUUCCAGGCCUCACGCUCGCUCCCUCCUUCUCUCAUCACUGGAGCUCUGGGUGGACUUGAUGUGAUUAGGCAAGGUGGAGUCCUCAGUCCACGCCAGAUAUAAUCAUUCAAAUACUGUACAUCUUACUAAUCUUUUUUUUUUAUUAUUAUAUUAUUAUUAUUAUUAUUUGUUAAAGAAAUGCAGAUUGUACAAUAACAUAAAUAAUCUUAUUGAGUGUACCUCUUUUGUCUGCUGCCUUUUUGUAACAUUGCAAUUGCCACUUACCAUCUCUGACCAUGGUUCAUUAGACAGUUUGAUGUUUUUUGUCAGGAGAUGACCUUUGUCGUAUAAAAUUCCAUAAUCAAAUAACUUGGCAAAUGGUGUUAAGAAUGUCUUACGUCAUAAAUCUAAUUAAAUAUUUUCGUCAUUGUGUGUUGACAUUGGCUUGUACACCCAUAGUACUCGCGUGAUUGUGGCUCAGGUGCCUGGUAAUGGUCACCUUAGUUUCACAUGGAUUUUGAAAGGACUGUCCAAACUGAACUCUUUAGCUACACCAUUAUAUCUGAUUGUUAUAUGCAUAUUAGCAUAGUAUGCAUAUCUUCUGUCGGUCUACAAAAGUCCCAGUUUAACCAUGCUUGAACGUAGAAGUGAAAUCAGCUACCUCUUUGGUCCAGUGUAUUGUCAGAACAAUAAUCAGACUUGUGAAACUGCCUUGGCUUCUUCAUGUCUUUCGUUUUUCGCUUCCUUCAUAAAUCCUACUUCAUGCUUUUCAUGCA